GGAGGCGGGAUCUGAGCGCUGCGUUGGCUGCGGUCUGGCACCAAGGGGGCGGCCCCGGCGGAGUGCAGACCUAGUGUCCCUUGGCGAUUAUGGACCCGGCCGAGGCGGUGCUGCAGGAAAAAGCGCUGAAGUUUAUGGGUAAAUACCCAGGAGGGGAAUUGCUGGGUCAUAUGUGCUCUAUGCCCAGGUCUCUGUGGCUGGGCUGCUCCAGCCUGGCGGACAGCAUGCCUUCGCUGCGAUGCCUGUAUAACCCAGGGACUGGCGCACUCACAGCUUUCCAGAAUUCCUCAGAGAGAGAAGACUGUAAUAAUGGCGAACCCCCUAGGAAGAUAAUACCAGAGAAGAAUUCACUUAGACAGACUUAUAACAGCUGUGCCAGAAUCUGCUUAAACCAAGAAACAGUAUGUCUAGCAAGCACUGCUAUGAAGACUGAAAAUUGUGUGGCCAAAACAAAACUUGCCAAUGGCACUUCCAGUAUGAUUGUGCCCAAGCAGCGGAAGCUCUCGGCAAGCUAUGAGAAGGAAAAGGAACUGUGUGUCAAAUAUUUUGAGCAGUGGUCAGAGUCCGAUCAAGUGGAAUUUGUGGAACAUCUUAUAUCCCAAAUGUGCCAUUACCAACAUGGGCACAUAAACUCGUAUCUUAAACCUAUGCUGCAGAGAGAUUUCAUAACUGCUUUGCCAGCUCGGGGUUUGGACCACAUUGCUGAGAAUAUUCUGUCAUACCUGGAUGCCAAAUCUCUAUGUGCUGCUGAACUGGUGUGCAAGGAGUGGUACCGAGUGACAUCUGACGGCAUGUUAUGGAAAAAGCUCAUUGAGAGAAUGGUCAGGACAGAUUCUCUGUGGAGAGGCCUGGCAGAACGGAGAGGGUGGGGACAGUAUUUGUUCAAAAACAAACCUCCUGACGGGAACGCUCCUCCCAACUCUUUUUACAGAGCACUUUAUCCUAAAAUUAUACAAGACAUCGAGACAAUAGAAUCUAAUUGGAGAUGUGGAAGGCACAGUUUACAGAGAAUCCACUGCCGAAGUGAGACAAGCAAAGGAGUUUACUGUUUACAGUAUGACGAUCAGAAGAUAGUCAGCGGCCUUCGAGACAACACUAUCAAGAUCUGGGAUAAAAGCACAUUGGAAUGCAAGCGAAUUCUCACAGGCCACACGGGUUCUGUCCUGUGUCUCCAGUAUGACGAGAGGGUGAUCAUAACUGGAUCAUCGGAUUCCACGGUCAGGGUGUGGGAUGUAAAUACAGGUGAAAUGCUAAACACAUUGAUUCAUCAUUGUGAAGCAGUUCUACACUUGCGUUUCAAUAAUGGCAUGAUGGUGACCUGCUCCAAAGACCGUUCCAUUGCUGUAUGGGAUAUGGCCUCCCCAACUGACAUCACCCUCCGGAGGGUGCUGGUCGGACACCGAGCGGCGGUCAACGUUGUAGACUUUGAUGACAAGUACAUCGUUUCUGCAUCUGGAGAUAGGACUAUAAAGGUGUGGAACACAAGUACUUGUGAAUUUGUAAGGACCUUAAAUGGACACAAACGCGGCAUCGCCUGUUUGCAGUACAGAGACAGGCUGGUCGUUAGUGGCUCAUCCGACAACACUAUCAGAUUAUGGGACAUCGAAUGUGGUGCAUGUUUACGAGUGUUAGAAGGCCAUGAGGAAUUGGUGCGCUGUAUUCGAUUUGAUAACAAGAGGAUAGUUAGUGGAGCCUAUGAUGGAAAAAUUAAAGUGUGGGAUCUUGUAGCUGCUUUAGACCCCCGUGCUCCUGCAGGGACUCUCUGUCUGCGGACCCUCGUGGAGCAUUCGGGAAGAGUUUUCCGACUCCAGUUCGAUGAGUUCCAGAUUGUCAGUAGCUCACACGAUGACACCAUCCUCAUCUGGGACUUCCUCAACGACCCAGCCGCCCAAGCCGAGCCCCCCCGCUCACCUUCUCGAACGUACACGUAUAUCUCCAGAUAAAUAAUCAUACACUGACCUCAUAUACUUGCCCAGGACUCAUUAAAGUUGCGGUAUUUAACGUAUCUGCCAAUACCAGGAUGAGCAACAACAGUAACAAUCAAAAUACUACCCACUUCCCCCGGACUAGCCGAGGAGUGGGGCUUUGAGACUCCUGUUGGGACCCAGUUGGUCUGCAGUCGCUCCGGAGGGGCUGCUCAGCACAGCUGACUGCUUCCCUGCUGCUAUCAGAAGAUCUUUUCUUUCGUGACUGAUUGGAACUUUUAAAGCUCACCUCACUUCCCCUCCUCCUUUCCCCUCUGCACCUUUUUUUCCUCGUUUGGUUCCAGACAAAGAUGACUUAUAAAUAUAUUUAGUGUUUUGCCAGAAUCUCUCUUGCUUUGCUGUUAAGCAGAAGAACUAGUUUCCCUGUAGAGCCUGCUGGGAGAGACCCACUUCCAGGGGACAGCGGGGUACAGCUUGGAGCCGGACAGCACCCAGCGUCUCCCUGUGAACCGCAAGAAGGCCCAGCGCCUAGCAAGCUCAGCACAGCCCCACUGUACUUAGGAGACAGCUGUCCGCACGGUCUCUGGGGCGAGAGAGACGAGAAUAAGCACACCAGGAGAUCGGGGCCUCUUUCUUCCAUCUCUUUUCUCUGUUUCUGCACCUCUUCCCCUCCCUCACUCCCCUCCAACCUGCUUCUCUGCUCCACCUGUGAAGUAUGAACAGAGUAUCUUCAGCUAGCAUGAGACAAAUCAGCUAGAAAAUGCAACACUUUUUGGAAAAGUUAAAUGCUAUUCAGUCAAAAUUUCAAACAGGCUUUUGCUGCAGGUGACCUUCUAUGACAAUGAUGAGUUCUCAGACACGGUGUUUCCAUCGUAUUUGCAACUCUGUUCUCCUUCUGACACCCUUCCCCAAAGAGGGAGGGGUGGAGCCAAAAUUCCCUGGGCUCCAUCAAUGGUCACAUCUUUUCUAGACUCAGCGGUCUCCUUGAUUCCAUGUAGAGUGUGCAAAGGAGUUGCUGAUUGCAUUUCCUCUCAUUAACAAUUAGAUGUGUAAUAAAAAGCAUUGUACUUCAUCUUAAAUCCCUGGUAAGGCUCAGCCUACAGAAAGGCUUGAAUGGCCAGAGCCAGGCGCUUGCCAGGUUCUGCACAGUGGUUCAGAUCUCUGGUUUCUUCGCCAGGGCCUGUGAGCACCAAGGAGCCUGUGUCUUUGCCAAGGCCAUGGUCGGAGUAGCUUUAGAGGUGGUCAGGAGUAAAAGUUUGUUUCUUUUUCAUUUAGGCCAGUAAAUAGCAUUUCUCAAAAAUCAAGCUAAAUCAUCUCAACUUUGCACUGCAGAACCUUCCUUCUGCUUUUCCCAAAUCCAGUAUUUACAAAGGGCAAAGCUGCCAGAGAGAGCAGAUCGGAGUGAAGCUUGGCACACAGGGUUUCGUACGGAGGCAGAGACUGCCUUCUCUUCUCCUUUCCUCCCUCCCUCCAGUCUUCUUUACUCUCCACUCUCCCCCGACCAGGAAGAUUUCUCUGGGAGUUGGUAAAUAACAUAAACAAAUGGACUUCAGCCAGGGGCGGGCUGACCCGGCCACUUGAAAGGCAGCUGUAUGGGCUUCAGGUGUGGGGCACAGGUGCCACCGUCCCGGGAGCACAGAGAGUGCCAUCAGUGUGUGCCCAGCCUGUUUCUCGGGUCAGGAAUGGGACCUGCACCGGCCACCUCAGGCGGCAUGGGCGUGCCCAUCAAAAGCCCCAAGGCCACAGCACAGUCUCAGGUUUCCCUGGGAAGCUGAGCUCUCAGGCCCUUCAUUUCCAUCCCUGAUCAAAGCAGUUGAGUAAAAGAAAGCCCCUUUUUAACCAACUGCUGGAAAACUUCCAAGUGGGAGCCAGCUGCAAGUAACCUCACAGCCGGGCCACCUUUACUGCAGCGAUGGCGAAGGCGAGCACGGCCAUCUUUCCUCUUCCCUCCGAUUUGCAAAAAGGCGUUCUCUUCCCAAGGUGUGCCCAGGACGAGUGUUGUUACUACGUGUUAGGAGGCAGGCAUGCAUACACAGUUUUCCUUUUCUGCUUUGUGAGUGCUUUCAAGCUUUUAUUCCCAGGUUAUAUUCAGAAAGUACUUCCCAGUGUAAUAUGUCAUUGCCUAGGAAAUAUUUUCUGAGUAUAAUUCCCUUCCCAACUACCCAAAUGCCACAAAGAAAUGUUUUCUAUUUAGUCACUUA